GAAAUUUCGUUUCUUCCGGAUUUCCUCCUGUUGAGGUAUUUUACUACGAUGAGUGGGCAUCACUUUUUUUAAUCUUUGGUGUCAGCUACUACUUGUAUACCACUCUUUCCUUCCUCAUCAUACGAUCAUCUCGUCGCACCGAGACAGCAAUAGAGUGCGAUAAUCCGCCCAACGAUGACCACGACCAAGGAAUGUCGAAAUGGAGAACUCCCGUCUUCCUUUCCGAUGCCCGACGACGGACUCGCAUCGGAUGUUGGUGGUGGUCUUGAUUGGGAACUCGAAGAAUCAGCCGAAUACGGUGUCAUUCUUGUCAACAACUACCGAAACCAAAGGGCCUCAUCUGGUUGGGUUUCAACAGAUUCAAAGAGAUCGAAGGGAAUCAGAAGAAAUGCAAAUGAUCGAUGUGGCGGCUACAGAAGAACGUCUUCCGCAAAAAACAGAGAUGCAGAACACGAAUCUAUCACUGAUCGUUUCACAGAGGCCUGUCGUGUUGGGUCCUCAAUGCUGGAAUGGAUUUCAGCAGCUAUUGGUGUGGAUAUUUGCUGUGGAAAGAACUUUUCGGAGAAUGCGAGUCACAGCACUCCCGCUACCCAGUCGAUGGAUAGCUUCGAAAAAGAAAAGUUCGGAUACCUUCCAACCCAUCCACAAUCAUUUCAGCAACACGACAAUGAGAUAUCCCUCCUUACGGAUGUUUCUGUUUUGACCGAUGCUUCCUUGAUGGAUUUGGUCCUCAGCAAAGAGGACGAAGACAACAUCGAAAAGGAAAUGGCUCCGAACAAAGGUGAUCAUUGUCCUUUAGGCAACGACCUUCCUGCUUUUCACAAAAAAUCGAAACGCAACCACAAGCCCUCCAACUACGCAGACUUAUUGGUAGAGGAAGGAAUCGGAGCGCUGAAAAAGAAACAGAGGGAGCGAGAAGAGUACCUGCAUCCCCGUCUACCCCACGCUAUCGUUGCCCACGACGACUUAAAUGAAACAAAGAAGACGAAAAAGAACAAAAAGGGCAAGGCGAGUAAAUCCCAGCAGCCCCUCAAAUCAAGAACACCAACGUGGACCAAAAAAAUUACUUCUCUUCCAUCGCUUGGAAAUGUUUUUAAAAAGAAAAAGAAAUCUAUCGAUAAAAAUAGUCCUACGGAAGUGAAACCGGGCAAGAGAAACGUGGUGGUGGUAUUUUAGGAUAAAUUAAUUUACGACUACCAUGGAUGCAUGAUCCUUCGACAGCCAAGCAUGAAUGUAUGACAUUUUGUUGCGAAAAGGUCUGCAAUGAAAUCAUUUCGUGGCUCUCUACCUCAAGCACACGAAUUGAUCAACCGGAACUUCGUGAACUCCGGUUUCUCUUUUCUUCCCUCUGUAUCGAAAAUUUAAUGGGGACAGAAACAACACUGAUUUCGUCUUUUCCACCGUUGUAUUGGGAACCAACUUGUAGUAAUAGAACUUAUGUUGACAU